AUGGAAUGCGACGUAUCGCCCGUCCCAUCGGUGCAGGCGAACCAUCCAUCGAAACAGCAACAGAAACACCUUCCGGCAGUAGUAGUAGCAUCGUCGGCAGUAACAUCAUCGGCUUCUCCUUCCGCAGUAAAAGGCGGCAGUAACAAUGGCAAUAGUGCUAGUGCAGCAUCGUCAACUACAUUUAUCACCUCCACUACUACGGGUACGGGAACAGUCGGGGCUGGAUCCGCAAUGGAACCAACGACGACAACCGCGGAGGAGGAAGCCAAGCCGACAUCUUCCGCAUCAGACGCGAUAUCGAUGGUUACACCAUCGACGGCCACCGGAUGCGGGAUCGUCGUGCGGAGAAGUAUCAGCAGCAAUAAUAGUAACAGUAAGAUCGUCAGCAUAGCCGGAAGUUGUCCCUCGAGCCGGGGGAAUACCGUCGUGCAGUCGUCCCCGGUGGUGCAUUCGCCAACGGAACCGGUAACAGUGAUAGAAAUUAGCGAUCAAAGCACGGCGGACGAGAUCAGCUAUCCCGAGUUGAUGUCCUGUCCGGAGUCGGAAACGAACUCUGCGCUUCUGUCCGACGAGUACGAUUCGUCCCUUCCGUUGCGAGAGGACGACCCACUGAAUGUUUCGCUAAGUUCAAUCGACACGUUGCCAUCGCCACAGUGCAGCACUCCGAUUCCGGUGUUUUCCGGAGCGGCAACAGUAUCUCGGCAGGCGAAGGUGCCGGCCACGGCGAAUACACCGAAACACAAUCAUCACCUGCGCCGGAAUGUUCCUAGACUUGUCACAAGCAGACAGCAAACGGCGAAACCGCAAUCCGGACCUGGAAGUCGCGGUGGUGCGUCCACAGGAGUGACGGAAAAACGCCAGCUUCGGCAAGCAGCGGAUGGUGGCGUUGCUUCGACGAUGCGUGAAGUGCUCGCGUCCAUUCCAGGCUUCAGCAUCAAACCAAGGAGGCGCACGAAUAAGAAACUUUCUACCGCAGCGCAACUCGAGCAGACACGCGAAGGAUGCGUCGAUCUGGAAACUCCCGAUUCGAUCUUGGUGCACACGAACCUGAGGGCGUUGUUGAAUCGGGAAACGUUUCAGCUCUUACCACCCUUAUAUCAGUACAAACUCGUGCAGUUGUUGCCGCCGGUUGAUAGGCCUCCGCUGCCGGAUGCAUCGCAGUGCGAACGCAACGGCAUACGGCUUAAUCCGUCCGGUUUGAACAACGAGUUCUUUGCCCGAGCCUGUCACGAGUGGCGCGAUCGAUUAACGGAAGGAGAAUUCACACCAGAGGCCCAACUGAAGCUGCGAUCGGAAGCGGAACGCGAAAAAAGCAAGCUCGAUCCUUGGAAGCUGAAACAUUUCGAACCAAUGUGGGGCGAACGGAAAUACGCUGGUGCGUUCAUAGGGGCUGCUGGUACGAUAGCAAACCCUACGCCACCUACACCGCCACCGCUACCUUCCGCUGCUGCAACUCCGGUUCCAUUGGAACCCACUGAUGGCAUUUCGCACAUACCGACGCUGCAGAACCCCGUAGUAUCAGCGCAGCAAAUGGUACCAAAGCUGCUGACGCCUUCUUUAGCCACUGCAACUGCCGUUUCCGGAGUUUCAAUGGUUCCGAUCGCGAAGAAUGUCGUUAGCGGGAAUGCUACGAUUGUUACACUCGCACGACCGCCCCAAACGGUUACGCUCGCUUCACAGCCGGCCAGAACGCUUUCGACUACGACGAAGCUAGAUCCAACGUCACGAUCAUUGGGGAAAAUGCAAGCGAUUACAUUCACCACCAGUGUUGCUAAUACCAGACCCACCGUAUCGAACAGUAGCUGUGGUACAAUUAUUACCUCGUCUACUGGAGGACAGUCUACGAUAAUACUUCCCGCGCGGACGACAAUAACGGUCACCUCUGGAAUGGCCGCCGGUAGCAGAGCUGGCGGUACUGGGAAUAUCCCUAAAGGAAUACCUGCGCCAGGUGCAGGUGCCCAUGCAGCUGGAUUAUCCGUGGUACCUAUAAGUAUCGUUGGGUGUAAUUCUAGCAGCAGUAGUAGCAGUAGUAAUAGCAAUAGUACCGUGGGUACCAUGGUUGCACGACCUGCCCUUAAAACAACGAUUAAGCUGCGCCCCACGACGGCGAUUGCGACCAGUACGACUGCUGCAGCAACGCCCGGUAAACAUCUAAUCUCCUCUGGGACACCGGCAAGUACGCCAUCCAUGAUUGGGCCGACCAUAGCUAAUGCGAAACGAAUUCUACCCACGGCCAUGAGCGUUAGCAGUAGUAGCAGCUGUACUGCAAUCAGCAGUACAAAUUUAGUAGGCCUGGGCAGCGCAUCGGCUGUGAAAACGCAAGAAAUCGGAUCGCUUCCGAUGUCCCCGAAGCGGCUGCGUACGGUUGGUGCCGUGACGAGAUCGGCAUUAGCAGGCAGUGGAUCUCAGCAGUUGCCACAAAGUAACCCACUGUCCGCGAAGAUGACAGCGAUGGCUGCAGGAUCUGGAGUAACGCUUGGCUCUCGCCCAGUGGUAGUUAAGGUGGUCGAACCGUUCCGUCCGUCAGCGGUGGUACGAGGCAUUUCGAUAGAUCCAGCGGCCAGCCCGUCGAAUAUGAAACGGGCGCACACUAGCCGUGCGUUGACGCCCGAGCUAAGCAAUAGUAAAUUGUCGAAAAGGAAAAUCGACGACAUCCCGCAGAUCAGCAGCAGCGCCGGUUUCACCGGUAGUGGGAGUUUGCACAACAACCAGCGUGCAUUCGUUGUUGUUACGGCAGCCCCGACCGAGGGAAGUAGUACCAGCAGCAGCAUCAGCAUCAGCAAUGUAUAUAGAAACAGUAAUAAUAGUAUCAAUCGCCUUACCACCGCCACCAGCACAAUUAUGCCAGUUAUUUCCACGGCCAGCGGUUGCCCCAUUAGUGGAAAUGCAAACAACAUACGAAGCGUCAGCAACACAACUGGUGGCAAUAGCAAUAGCAAUAGUAGUAGAAUAAAUAUUAGCAGUAGUAGCACCUCUAGUACGAUUAAUCUGGAGAGCAAUUUAACUAUCAAUCCCGCCACCGCAGCUGCUGGAAUCGUACAGACUGUGGCGAAGGGGCAAAGACAAGAAGAAUGUGAUAUACGUCCGUCGAUCGACAGUCGGCUGGAGGUCAUCGAAAAAGGACCAAACGAAAAGCGCCGUAAAGCGUCUGGAAGUGAUGUGAUUCUGUCGGCAGCAGCUGCGGUCCUGCCAUCGAAAAGAAGGGCACCACGGCAAGGUAGUCGAGUCGGUAACAUCCGAAGUCAUGCCGGACUGCCGGUAUCGAUAGCACCGACCACCACGAUCACGAUUGUCGACGAUGAUACGGACGGUGCGACAACGAUGAUCGAGGACGAAGCUGGACAGGAUGGUGACGAAAGCAAAGAAGCACCUGCUUUGCCACGGGGAAGGAUAGUGCGAUCGUUAGUAAACGGUGACGUUACGGACGCAAGCGAAAGCCAUACAGGAAGCACUCCUCCAUUAGUUCCGUCUUCGGAUAUUAUUCUAGAGGAAGCGGUCGAUUGUGGAGAAGCCGUAGAAAGUGCCGAAAAUCGAGGCAGGCGUGUCUGGAAGCGUUUGAAGGACACGAUUGGGAGUAGCCAUGUUGCGGACAAUGUAGGGGAAACAGUUACCGUGCAAGGAUCAAGUGGACAGCACAACUUGGAUCCAGCACAGAGGCUGAUGAAUCUCAAUCAUUUCCAUCCGAUGAAUGCCGCCGGCCAGGAAGGAAGUCCAACGACACAGAUGAUCUACGAUCAGAACACCGGGCAGGUGUUUAGCGUCUUGUGCUUAACACCUCCACCGGCAUCAACAUCCACCGGCUUGAGUGCUGGCGCUUUAAAUCUUCGAUCAUUGCCAUCGUCCCUAACGGUGACAGCCAUACCCCAGCAGCAGCAGCAACAAUUAGCUCUGCAGCAGCCGCAACACCAGCCACAGCAGCAACAAUCGCAGCAGCUGCUUUCGGUGUCGAACGAUAGCAGUAAUAGUAGCAGCGUUUCGACCACUGCUAUGAUGGCAGCGAGUGACAAUCAUCAAGAUGGAAGUGCAGGUGGUAUUGGUACCGGGCCGUCCGGUAGUGGGGCGGAGUUAAAUACGUUCGAAAACGUACUCCGUCAGAGUGGAGAUGGCAUUAGAUCUGAUAUGAUGAUGCUACAUCAUGCAAGCUCCUCCCAGCAUAAUAUCGCUUCGGAAGAGAUUGAAGACGAAAAUGGCGAGGAGGAUGACGAGGAGGAGGGUAGUAUUGAUGAGGACGAAAUUAUUGCCGUGAAGGAGAAAUCUGAACAGGACGAAUUGGAGGACGACGAGGAAGACGACGAUGGUGAUGGGGAGCUAGUGCACACCACUACCACAACCACUAAUACUGCCGAUGAGGAAGAAGACGAAGGUGAAGAGGAUGAGGACGAAGAUGAAGAUGAUAAUACUGUAGCAAUAGAUCAUGAGCAGGAGACGUUCGGGCAGCGAUUACAAAUGGAUCCGGCAACAGAAGAGAACUGCGAUUACGACGAAAGCGGGAACUUUCAUGGGGAGUUGGUAGAAGAGGCGGUAGCUGCAUCCACCGGUAAUAAGUUCAGUAACCAUAACCAAGUGAUUCUUCAGCAUCACGAUAAUAACCUGCAAACGCAUCACCAAUCCUCGAUGACUGAAGCGGGCAUGGUGAAUAUGAAUCUGACCGGAUAUCACCACGAUCAUGAACUACUGCAUCAACAGCAACAGUUGCAGCAGCAGCAGCAGCAAGACCAGCACCAGGAUCACGAUCAACAUCUGCGGCCACACCUGCCUCAUGUCCAGAACACUAUCGUUUGUGCAACGUCAGCUGCAUCUGAGCAAGGCGGACUGAUGAUGAUGGUGUCAACGAGUGCUGAUGGAAAUGUGGAAACUCUGCGACCAAUGUCAACUAGCGAUGAUGUGCUGGUGGGGAGCAGUUACUGUGAUAAUCUAUCUGCCACGGAUGAUGCUGACGUCGAUGAGUAUGAGCAGGAAGUAGAAGAGGACGAUGGAGAAAUGGAAGAUGACCAUGCCGGAAAGUGCCGACAGAUGGAGGAAGUGCACGAUCAGUUGUUGAUGGGGUCAAAAAAUGAAGCAAUCGAGGAAGAAGCGGUACAGGACAUGGAAUGUCUGGAAAAUCGUUACAAAAACCGCCAUCAUAUGCUGUUUAAUCACCACAGUGAUGUGGAUCAUCCUGCUUCGGAGGAUGAGGACGAAGGUGUUGGUUACGUUCUUGAUCAGCAACAAAUGCAGCAAUUGCAGCAGCAAUACCAUCUGACAGCCGGUCAAAACCAGCAACUUCAUCAGCAGCAACAGGGUGUACUUCACAGCCAGCCAUUGGUGGCGUCUGAUGGUGGCCUUUCCGGUGUUGCUACAACACCAAUGCAGCUGUUCUCAGGACCUGGCGGAAUGAUGCUCGACGAUGGUUGUGCGGGAGAGUUUGUCACCGAUGGUGGGGAUUGCGUGGAGGGUGUAGAGUGCGAUGGAGCUGAAGAGGAUCUACAGGAGCAACCUGGCCAGGAUGAUGUUCACGAUGAGCAGCUGCAACAUCAACACCAUCAGCAACAGUAUCAUCAAAACAACCAUCAUUCGAUGGCCGACAAAUUCAUCGACGAGAUGGAUAGUGUUGGUGGCGGAAAUGUAAUUGGGGCUGGAGGUAACGUCGGUAAUAGCGGUCCUGGUGGCUACAUGCUGGAAGCAGCUGGUAGUGAGAUGAUUAGCACAGAAAUUGUUGAACAUAACCACGACCUUACGUCAAUGGUGGCGUUGGACCAGAUGGGUACAGUAGAGCUGGUCGACCAGCAUGGCACGGCAACGGGCGACGAACUCGAUACGCGUAAUGAAGAAUCUUCCGUUUUGCUGGAGGUUCACGAAGAAAUAACCGCAUGCAGCUCAGUACUGCAAAAUGUUGAUGCAACUGUCGAUGUUGUUGCACGUGAAUCGCCCGAAGUGCGCGAACUGGAGGACGAAGAGGACGAUGAGGAGGAAGAGUUCGAGAGUGAAAAUGGAGAUAAACAACAAAAGGAAACCGAGCUCGUACUAGGCACGAUCGAAACCAACAUGAUGAAUGAAAACGGCGAAGAACUGGAAAUGAUGCCAUCAAAACAGAAAACAUCAGGAGACCAUAUGGGGCAAAUGUCACGAACUCCACACGUUCUAGCGCGUGGUGAUCAAUUUCCAGCGACGACGAGCUUGGCUGUAAUGGGAACGAAAAGAACUACCAUUUUAGUCGUGGAAGAUUCGAUCCCAACGAACGGUGUGCAUUCGCCGUUCGAGCCGACUCAGUUCUCAAGAAGAUGCUCUCUCGAACAGCAUCGUCUGAAUGGUGAAGGAGACGUGUUAUCGCUACCGGUAAAGAUUGAUCCUGAAGAAGACGCCGUUGCGCUCGGGGAAAAGUGCGGCAACGCGUUGGAUCUGUUUCUUGGAGAAGCGUGUGCUCCAGAGGUGGUUGGUGGAAUUGAAAUCAAAGAGCAGAAGAUCCCUAUGGAUGGUGACGAGGUUCUAGCGUCCCCGCGUGGUGACUGGCCGCAGUUCAAAAUGAAGAUGAUGGAUGCAACGAAAAUGAUGGUAGUGGAUCAUCAUCAACUCGUCGAUGGUAGUAAUAGUAUUAUCAUUUCACCGAUCGGUACGCCUGGGACGGCGUCCAUGAUGCCAUCACCGGGUGCAACGUUGCAGCAGCAGCAACACCAGCUUCAAACCCCUGCAACCAUACACCAACAACUAACUACUCAGCAGCAGCAAUCUCCGACACCAAUUCCGAUUACUACGACAGCACUUGUGCAGCAAAUUGCUGCCCAUAACCAUCACCAGCAAACGCAUCAACAUCAGCAACCCCAGCAACUGCAUCCCAACGCUACGGCGGGGAUAAGUUUUUUAUCUCAUCAUGCUCAGCCUGCAGUGCAAACGAUGGCGGGUGGAACGAGCACAGUGCUGAAUUCGCAGCAACAACCACAACAACAGGCACUGAAUAUAUUUCAACUACAUCCUCAGCAGCAACAACAGCAACAUCAAAUUGCCCAACCAGUUAUAGGGUGCGGCAACAGUACCAUCCAGCUUACAUCAGAGAUUAAAGAGGGCAUACGCACCAAUCUAUUGAAGCCUGAACAAGGAAUAAGUUACACUGCGAUCCGGCAAGGCAAUCCGCAACUAGUUACACGCAUCAAAUUAGAGGGCGAUGAUGGCCAGCUUCAGUCCCAACAACAACAGUCACAAUCGCAACCUACGUUUCAAACUCAACUGCCCAAAGUGAACGUUGUAACAUCCUCGCCGAUUGUUAGCCUUGGUCCGAACAGUCAAGGAAAUCUGACUCGAGUGAUUGAGAGCGUUGCUGGGAAUUAUUCGACCGUCUCAGCAUCCGCCGGUGGUGGUCAGUCGAUUGGAACGAUCAGUACGCCGGUGUCUCAUCAACAGCAGCUCGUACAUCAACAGCAGCAACAACAGCAGCAGCAGCAGCAACAACCGCAACAGCAGCUGAUUCAGCACGUUCAAACAGCGACGGGACAACAGAUACGGUUUGAAAUGGAUCACGGCAUUAUACAGCAGCAAUCGCAACCAGUGGCCGCACAGCCGCAGUUGAUGGCACAGCAACAACAGCCAAAGUUCAUUAUCACUUCCCGUCCGAUAAACGCGGUAAAUGCCCCAGGAACCGGAACGAAGUUACCGCUGACCGUGCAGACUGCAAAUGUGAUGCCACAAAUACAGAGUCAACAGUUCAUCCAGGCGCAAGAACCGCAAUUGCAACUGCAAAACCAAGCCACCGUAACUACCCUGCAGAAACCCAUACAGUUGCAAAAAAUAAUUAUGUCGACUCCGGCUAUUACCCAACAGCAGCAGAGACCUCGGUUGCCAUUACAAAGGACCCAGUUUAGUGUACAGACCCUUCAACAGCACCAGCAACUUCAGCAAUCCCAACAUCAGCAACCUCAAGGUACUUCACAGCAGCCGCAUCAACCACCAGCAACACCUCAACAGACUGCACCUACACAAUCGCAGCAGCGUUUCCAACAAAAGUACGUCACCAACCAGCUGAUCCGUGGGCAGAAUGCAUUUCUCGUCAAUAAUGUCCACCAAGCGCAGCAGGCCGCUGCAACCGUCGGGGCUAACGUGAUCGUAACCGCUACGAGCAAUCGUGGUAAACGGACGAACGAUGGCACUAGUUCGGGGUCCACAUCUAGCUCAGGUAGCGUUGGUACCGGUAGCGGUAACGGUGGAUCAGGAUCAUCGGCUACAGGAAGUCGACGUGGAGGACGAUCGAGCAGUUCUCGUUUACCGCCUGGUGCGGUAAAUCUCGAACGAAGCUACCAAAUCUGUCAGGCAGUGAUACAGAACAGUCCGAAUCGACACCAGCUGAAGGCACAGCUGAAAUCACCCCAGGCUUUUCUGGCGGCGUCGAACUCGAAUUCGAACAGCAGUAUCAGCAGUAUUGGUAGUACGGGGAGCAGUAGCAGUAGUAGCAGCAGCAGCAGCGGUGUCUCUGCGAGUAGUAUUAUUGGCAACAAUACCAAAGACGAUGCAAACAGUAGCAGUAGUGGCAAUGGUAGUAGCUUCGGAGCUGCGUUGGGUUUUGGAGGAAGUAAGGUCGCACGUUUGGUCAGUUCAAAACGAUCGGCAUCAGGCAGUAGUAGGUCGUCUCAGUCGUCAAUUGUAGUGCGCCAAGUGUACACGAGCAGUGGGGCUUCUGUAACGCCGACAGCCGCCAGUGUCACCACCUCGACCACUGGUCAACCUAAUCCAAUCAGUAUUAUCUCAGCCACACCACCACCGCCACAACAACAACUUCAUAGUCUAGGAGAACAACUGCAGCCGCACGCACAGAUCAUCAGCGUGAGCGCAGCUCCAACGAUCGUGCAUGCAGCUGCGGCGGGCAACAAUAAUGGAACCAUCGGAGCGAACAUAAACGUAGGUGCUGCAACGGCUAAUGGUGGAAAUUUUGGUGGCAAGUACGUGCUAGUGCAGCGUGCAACACAUGUCGGGGAUAUGGUUACGCCGCGGGCGGCUAGUGCACCACCGACCCACAAUCAGAUUCAAAUUCACCAUGUUGCUGGUCCACAAUCGCAGCCGCAACAGCAGAUGCCACAGCAAAUGACCGCUGUUCAGCAACAGCAACUAACGCAGCAGGUUCAACAUCAUAUACAACAGCAGCAGCAACAUCAAUUGCAGCACCAGGGCCAACAUCAGCAGCUAUCGACCGGUGUGAAUGCCGUUGCGCCCGCCGGUCUGCAAGCGGCGAUCACCCGCCGAAUACCAUCCACCCACGUGAUCACCUACGGGCAGGAUAGUCAACUUAUCGAUCCGACAGCGAUCACCGGCAGCGGUGGCGACGGUCAUGGCGGUGCCGAAGGAGCAGCCUGUGGAGCAGACCCUGGCACGAUCGGCAAUGGUGGAAAUGUGAUCUUCAUCGGUGGAAGUGCAGCUGGUUCGUGCGGCGCAAUGCCGCAGUUUAGCCAUCAGUCGCAGGGGCUAAUCGAUGGAUGCGGAAACAUUGUGCUACCGAAUGGUGAAGGGACACUGGUCGAAUCCGUUGUCGCGAACAGCGAAAUUGUGCAUACGUCGCAACCAACUAUUUCGCCGGUCGUUCGGAGCGUGGUGGUGUCUCCUUCAGGUAUCUCACCGCAUCACUUCAAUCACCCGUUGAACAGUGAUCCUGCAGUAGGGCAGCACAAUGGUAACAUCAACCUAGCUGGAUUCAACAUGGUCGGUGGCAACAUGGGCAAUAACGACGCAGGUAGUCUGACUCCUACUGGAAUUUGCGCAACCGUUGAUGAAUCUUCAGGGCAGCAACCGUCUCAGGAGGCAUAUGCAGUUGCAGAAAAUAAUUUCGGAGUUGGAAACUCUUCCCCGCUCGCCGGUAACGAGGAGGAUGAUAAUGGAGAUGCUGGCGAUGGAACUGAGGAACCUGUUGAUGCUAAUGCUGUCGAUUGUGCCUGUUCGUUGAAUGCGAUGGUUGUUUGCCAGCAGUGCGGAGCCUUCUGUCACGAUGAUUGUGUCAGCGCAACGAAACUUUGCGUAUCAUGUGUGGUACGCUAGGUUGAGUUACGAGUAGGUGAGGAGAGUUAUCAAAUGCAUAGAGAAAAAAAAAACAAAAUACCGGCAAACUUGGCAAUCUUUUUGGAACGAACAGCCGAUGUAACUUCGAGAGCACGUGAAUUA